AAUGUUCUGUUCAACCUAUUCACCACAAGAUAUAACGUUUUGAAGACGUGCUUUGAUGAAUGUCUGAGACGGGAGGAAAAAGUUAGUCUUGUCAACGGUGGAAGACAGAGAGCAAUAUAAAGGAAGAAAAAGGAGGAAAAUCACACUUUGACUUUAUCAGUGGGAUCGCUGCUUUGGGUAUCACAGUUGCAGGUGUUUCAAGGACUACCACGAGCGAGAGAACGCAAGAUGGAUCGCAAAAUUCCCGAUUUUGCUGGCACUUGGAAGAUGAAAAGUUCCGAGAACUUCGAGGAGCUUCUCAAAGCAUUGGGUGUGAACGUGAUGCUGCGUAAAAUUGCGGUUGCAGCAGCAUCAAAGCCAUCCGUUGAGAUUACGCAGGAUGGAGAAACACUGUCUAUCAAAACCUCCACCUCUGUUAGGACCACCCAUGUCACCUUCACUGUGGGACAGGAGUUUAAUGAGGCCACUGUGGAUGGACGACCCUGCACGAGCAUUCCUCGCUGGGAAUCAGACAGCAAGAUUAGUUGUGAGCAGACUUUGCAGAAGGGUGAGGGUCCAAAAACCUCAUGGACUAGGGAGAUAACCAAUGAUGGUGAACUGAUUCUGACCAUGACGGCAGACGAUGUGGUGUGUACAAGAGUUUAUGUCCGAGAGUGAAUGUAUGAGGAAAAAGGAAGAAAUUCCUACAGAUCACUCACUCUCCUCAUUAACCACGAUGACAGUGAUUUCAUAGCAUCCAUUUCCUUUAUCCAUAAUAUCUUCUUUCAUGCUUUUUUGGUUGACAAUGUAUUUGAAUAAUACAUCAGAGAGCCAUGCAAAUUAUCUUUUGAUUUCACUCCCGUUGUCCAGAAAGCAAGUUUGACUCUAUGGGAUUUUUUUGGUAACACUUUUCAGGUUUCAUUUGUUAAAAUUAGUUAACAACAUUAGUUAACAUGAACUAACAAUGAACAAUAAUUUUACAGCGUAUAUUAGUCUUUUUCAAUGGUAAUUUCAACAUAUACCAAUAAAUUUUUUCAAAUGAAAAGUUGUAUUAGUUAAUGCACUAUGAACUAGUUACAUGAAAUAACAAUGUAUUUUUAUAAACUAACAUGAACAAAGAUUGCUAAAUGCUAUAAUAUUAUGUUGUUCAAUUGUUAGUUCAUAAUUCCCACUGCAUUAACUAAUGUUAACGAAUGGAUCCUUAUUGUAUAGAGUGUGUGGUGGGGGGGGGGUGUUGCUGACUGGUCAGUAAGCAAAUAAUUCAGUUUAAAAGCACUUUUAAUGGUUGAUUUGCAAAUAUAUUUGCUUUUAAUACAGGGUCAGAGCUAAAUCUAAUGCCUGGAAGCCUGCCUUUGGUAAGCCAGUCUGUCAUAAUCAUAGUUACCCACUGAAAAAAAACUUUUUUUAAAUAUCAGUAACAAUGGGAGUGUCUAUGUAUGAUAUGCGGUCUCAACAUGUUUUUUAUGUAGUUUGGUCAGUCAGUCUUUUUUAAUCUUAUCAAUUGUGAUUAUUGUCCCCUAAAUCUCAAACUCCACCCCUUUCCAUCUCUAAUGUUUUGUAUAUAAAACUUGAAUCUCAGGUUUCCGAAUCUCUUUUCAUUUUGUCUUUUAUAUAAACAAAUUCAGAGGUCAUUACUCAUAACUGUGCAUGAAUAAUAAAGGUUAAUU